CUCAACUGUCCUAAGUUUUCUGUGCUGAUCUGACACGAUUGCCGUGACAGCUUCUUGCACCUACAUAAGUUCCGCUUCGCGGUUCAUCCUCUCUCUGCCCUCCCCUUGGCACGACGCCCUUCCCUAUUCUCCUCACGAUGACCCCGCCAGCACGUUUGUUACUGACUCUGUCACUCGUUCUGUCCGCUUCCUGUCUUCCUCAUGACGACCUUCACGCCCACCACCUCUUCCGUGCUCGGAACAUCGCCUCUCAGGACCAAAUUCAAAGCACUUACGACUUCGUAAUCGCAGGCGGUGGAACCGCUGGUCUCGUCCUGGCAUCUCGCCUGUCUGAGGACAGCAAUACUACCGUCUUGGUCCUCGAAGCGGGAGAUUCUGGCGACGCUGCAGCGUCUUCCAUCAACAUCCCCGGAAACGCAUAUUACCAGUCUAUUCUAGGCUCUCAGUACGACUGGUCAUACCCCACCGUUGCGCAGCCGCAGGCUGGCAACCGCGUUCUUACCUGGCCUCGCGGCAAAGUCCUCGGUGGCUCAUCUGCGAUUAACGGCAUGUACAGCGUUCGGCCUUCGCAGGUGGAGGUGGACGCAUGGGCUGGGAUGGUCUCGUCCAUCGACAGCAACGCGAGUAGCAAGUGGGGCUGGAACGCCUUGCUCGCUGCGAUGAAGAAGAGCGAGACGUUCGGCGCGCCGGCUUCGGAUAUCGCGAAGGAAGGGAACAUCGAAUACGCCGCUUCCAGCCGCGGGUCCAAUGGACCGCUGCAUGUGUCAUACCCUGGCUACCUCGACCCUCUGGUUGGAGACUGGAUCCCUACCCUCGGAGCGCUCGGCGUCCCCGAGAGUCCAGAUGCCUACGGAGGGCAGGGCUGGGGCGCGUUCAUCGCAACCUCAACGAUCAACCCUGUAAAUUUUACGCGCUCGUACUCCCGUUCCGCGUACAUCGACCCCCUUCCCCCGCGCUCGAACCUCCAGAUUCUUCCCAAUGCCUUUGUUACUCGCAUGAUCUUCAGUAACAGCUCCGCAUCCAACAACCUGACCGCCAGUCAGGUCGAAUAUGCCGCGAGCCGGACGGCCGCGCGGCAGACGGUUAAUGUCCGCAAGGAGGUCUUGUUGGCGGGCGGUUCUAUCGGCAGCCCAGCUAUUUUGAUGCAUAGCGGUGUCGGGCCGCAGGACGUGUUGAACACCGCCGGUGUGGCCGUCAAGUCGGCUCUGCCAGGUGUUGGGCAGCAUCUCCAGGAUCAUUUGAGCACGCAGUUGGUGUUCGGCACUACGGAGCAGACUGCAGGUGCGAUGCACAGCUCGAACAAUUUUGCCUCGGUCGCCGGUGGCUCGUCGGCAUUCCUGUCAUUCAUCAACUCGGCCACCGCCUACGUUAACAUCACAUCUCUCCUUGGCAACUCUGCAUCGUCUUUCCAGAACGACAUCGUGAACGCGUUCGAGUCCUCGGCAUCCUCGCUCGUUCCGAGCACAGACAGCACCGUCAUCGAGGGGUACAAGGCGAUCUACAACGUCAGCGCGCGCGAUCUGCUCAUGAGCCCGCUCGGGCACGUCGAGAUCCUGCUCAGUCUGACGACGUCGACCGUAGCCGUCCAGGCUGCCUUGCAGCGUCCGUUCAGUCAAGGGUACCUAUACAUCAACUCCUCGGAUCCCUUCGACACACCAGUCAUCGACCCGCGCUAUCUCACGCAUUCGGCUGACAUCACCCUGCUCCGUGAGGGUCUCAAGUUCGCGCGCUCCGUCGCGCAGACUGCACCACUGAACCAGUCGCUUACGGGCGAGGUGACACCCGGGUCGAGCGUCAGCACUGACGACGAUUGGGACAAGUGGCUCGCCAACAACGUCGGAACCGAGUUCCACCCUUCGUGCUCGUGCGCGAUGCUUCCGCUCAGUCAAGGCGGUGUCGUUGACACCGAUCUGCGCGUAUAUGGUCUCGCGAAUGUCCGUGUCGUCGACGCGUCCGUAUUCCCUAUCCAGUUCGCCGCUCAUCUCCAAGCACCUGUAUAUGGCCUCGCCGAGCAAGCUUCAGACAUAAUUCGGUCGUUCUACAAUGCCGCGCCUCCCUCCGCAUCUCCAACAUCCUCCUCAUCCGCCCCAUCUUCCUCCAAUUCCGUCAAGACCCAACAGACUACGUCCGGCGCGCAUUCCCAGGUCCGCGCCGUUGGCGCUGAGUCCCUCAGCUCUGUAUUCGUUGUACUGUUGACCUUGCUGCUGCUGUUGUAGACGUCUCCCCCACACUCUUUUCUCAUUUCGCUCUUUUGUGUCUUCCCUGCUUGCUAUUACUACACGUCUACCGCUCAGCAGCUCGCCUGCCUAUCUCACCUCGGACUUACCUCCUCUGCUCGUUGUCGUUGUCAUCGCAUUGCUAACCACUGUAUAUGCGAUCACUCGCCUGCUCCUCUCUCGCCCUCAUAAUCGAUCACCAGGACAUUGCUUGUUGUCAGCCGCGCUCCCAUUCCAUCCCAUCUACAUUCCAUCCUCAGAUGCAUAAGACAUUUCUACACAUCGGACUUCACGAAACACGAACACGCCCAGACUUUUACCCGUAUUAUACCUUGCUCUAUAGUUUUUGGUCUACAUACCCCACACUCCUCCCCUGCAACCCCCUUCCUCCCAUGUCUCGCCGCAUUUUCAUGCUUCGUAUCCUGGAGGUCGAGUUUGCUACGCUGGACGCGUGCAGUACUUUUCUUUUCUUGUGGCGUAGAUAUAUUUUGCUGUAAUGUCGUGUAUUGUAGGACAACCUGAUCAUUCAAUUUUCGAUGCUCACUUGAGGGCGAUUGCUCCCGACGUUUGGUCUGGCAUUGUCUUGCAGGAUUGUGCUGCUUCGAGUUUUUUCU